UUCUCAUUUACAAGACUUGAAGGAAAUCACUCACGAUUUCUUGUAUGAGAAUUAUCGUACCGAGAAACUUAGUCGAAGUGCAGACAAUUCUUCCGUUGAGGACACUGCUAUUUUGUCUGAAGACCUCACUACUCAAAGUAUGCGAAUAAAAGAGGAACAACUGAAACGGGAAGAAGAAAAAUUGAGAGAAAUUGAACUAAAAGUUCAACGAGAAAUCUCUGAAAAGAGGCAAGAACUUUUAGCUAAAGAAGAAGCUUUGAGAAGCUUGGAAGCAAGGUUGGCACAAGCUUAA